AUGAACACAACUGACGGUUCUAGAAACUUCGACCUACCCCAUUCUCCCAAGUUGACUCCCAAGAACAACGGACUCAGUCUCUACUCAACCAACAACUCCAGCUCGACUUCUGUCCAUUCCACAAACCCACAGUCUCCUAUGAUAGCAUCUGACGAGUACUUUCCCAACCUCACGCCGGUCCAGACUCAGCAGAGUGACCAGUUCACCGAGUACAACCCCGGCACCCUGGACGUCACACAGCAGCAGCAUUACAACAUGAACAUGGAUAACAACAUGGCCAUGGACCCUCAGAUGGAUUACUCCUACCUGAUGAAGCCCCAAUACCCUUACCCAUGCAACCAAGAUAUGCUGCCUCUCAACGACAACAACUUUGCACAGACUCUUGCUCCUGCAGAUUCGCUUCUCAAGAAGAACAACAGCUCCACUCCCUGGGACUACCUGAACGCAAACUUCUACGCCGGUCAGCCCGAGGAUCAGGGUCUGGAGUUCUUCAUCAACAACGAGCAGCCCCAGCAGUUUGUUCCCUACACCAAUGAGAUUGACCUCAAUUACGACGCUGCUCCCGAGGUGGAGGACGACGACGACGAUGAGAUGUGUGACGAAUUUGACGAUUUGCAUGAGUACAUGGAGAACGAGGAUAUGGAUCUGGAUAUCGACCUCGACCAGUUCGAGGCUCCUCCUCUCGAGUACGAUACUCCCACUCUCCACACCCAGCAUACUCCCUACCAGCAUCAGCCACCUGUUCUCGAGCAGCAGCAGCAGCAUCUUCAGCAGCAGCCUCUUGAGCAGAUGGACCUCCAGCACCAGACACAGACACAGCCUCAGCAGCUCGACCAGCCCCAACACGUGCAUAUCGAGCAGCAGCCUGUCUAUCAGCCUGAGCCCCUCGUUGAGGAGCCUGUUAGUCCCGCUGGCACUUCUGGUCCUGCUGACGUCUCGCCUCACAACCCCAACAUUCCAAACUUUUCGUCGUUGUCGCUGGAAGACACUCUGUACGAAUCCAACCCCAGCACAACCUCUCUCGGCAAGGACUCCGACUACUUGUUUGAGCCCUCCUCCAGCAGCACCACAUCUUCGCCUGGCUUCAACGACACGGACUCAGUGUCUACUGUUGAGCCUGUCGCACGAACUCGACGACGAAAGCCGGUGACCGGCCAGUCCGAGGGACGAGUGCAUCUGUGCGAGCAUAUGGAUUCUUCUGGAAGCCCUUGUGGAAAGGUGUUUUCUCGACCCUAUGAUCUGAUUCGACACCAGGAUACCAUUCAUGCUGCUGUUCGAAAGACGUACAAGUGCGAGCACUGUGGAGACGACAGCAAGACCUUUAGCCGAAUGGAUGCUCUGUCUCGACACAUUCGAGUCAAGCACUCCAAGGAGUCCAAGGCAUAA